AUUGUAUAUUAGUCACAAAUUUGAGCUCAAGGUAUAUUCGCGUGAUGACUCGGAAAGGUACUGCAAAGUUGGAUGAGCUUCGCAAGAUCGAGGGUCAGGUGCAAACUUUUUGGGAGUCGAAUAAAACAUUCGAAGCAGACGUUCCUUUGAAAAACAGUGAAACAAUUGAAAAAUACUUCGUAACUUUCCCUUACCCCUAUAUGAAUGGAAGAUUACAUUUGGGUCACACAUUUUCCCUAUCAAAAUGCGAGGUAAGCGGAACUAUUUUGUGAAUGCUCGAAGUUUUCCGUAGGAUACGAACGACUGAAGGGCAAGUUGGCUUUAUGGCCGUUCGGUCUUCAUUGCACCGGUACGCCUAUCCUAGCAUCUGCAGACAAAUUAUCACGAGAAUGCCAGGAGUUCGGUUGUCCACCUGUAUUCCCACACGAGGCUUUGGAGCUUUCUGCUAGUAUGGAGACAGUAGUACUUACUUCGCCUCUUAUACUUAACAUAUAACUUAAUAAUUUAGACUCCUGCUCAAGGUAAAAGCAAAAAAAGUAAAGCUAUUGCAAAGACUGGUGGCGCAAAGUUUCAAUGGCAAAUAAUGGAAAGCCUCGGCAUGGAUAACAAUGAAAUCGCUAAAUUUAAAGACCCUGAAUACUGGUUGAAAUUUUUCCCUGCUUUAGCUGUUGACGACCUACGAAAACUAGGUGUUAAGGUUGAUUGGAGGAGAUCCUUCAUUACAACAGAUGCUAAUCCCUACUAUGAUUCAUUUGUUCGUUGGCAGUUCCUGACUCUUAAGAAGCAAGGAAAAAUUCAGUAUGGUAAACGAUACACCAUAUUCUCUGCUCGAGAUAAUCAGCCAUGUAUGGAUCAUGAACGAACUGUUGGAGAGGGUGUCGUUCCACAAGAAUAUACGUUGAUUAAGCUGAAAGUCAUAUCCGAAUUUCCUUCGAAAUUUAGUUGCGUAAACCAAUUAAAAGUACCCAUAUUCCUUGUUGCGGCAACUCUACGUCCUGAAACGAUGUUUGGCCAAACUAAUUGUUGGGUACAUCCAGAUAUAGAUUAUGUCGGAGUUAAAAGCACACAACAAUCUUGUAUACUAAUUUGUACUCAACGCGCUGCUCAAAAUAUGGCGUAUCAGGGUAUUUUAGAUCCUUCACACCCUGGGCACAUCGACGUAGUCGCAAAUUUCAAAGGUGCUGAUCUUCUCGGAUUAAAAGUCAUGGCCCCGUUAUCCUCUUAUGAAUCUGGAGUUUUCGUUUUACCUAUGAUGUCGAUUCGAUCUUCUAAGGGUACCGGAGUUGUGACUAGUGUUCCUAGCGAUUCUCCAGAUGACUGGGUCGCUUUGCAAGACUUAAUUAAAAAGCCUGCAUUCCGGACGAAGUACAAUCUUCUUGAUUCAAUGGUCAUACCAUUCGAACCGAUACCUAUAAUUGAGACACCAGGUUUAGGUAGCUUACCAGCUGUCACAAUAGUAGAUCAGUUAAAGAUUCAAAGUCAAAAUGAUCGAGAUAAAUUACAAGAGGCUAAAGAAAAAGUUUAUCGUGUUGGCUUUUACGAUGGGAUUAUGUUGGUUGAAAAAUAUAAAGGUUUAAAAGUGAAUUCAGUGAAAAAACUUAUUCAAGACCAAUUAGUUGAAACGAAUGAAGCUAUAAUUUAUUACGAGCCGGAAAAUCUGGUCGUUACACGUGGUGGUGAUGAAGCAGUGGUUGCUUUGUGUGAUCAAUGGUAUCUAGAUUAUGGCUCAGAGGAAUGGAAAACAGAAGUCCGUAAAGCAGUAGCUAACUUGUCAGCAACCGAUGAGGUUAGACGCGGUCUUUAUUCAACCGUUGACUGGUUACAUGAACAUGCUUGCUCUCGUACAUAUGGUUUGGGUACUCGUUUACCAUGGGAUGAUAAAUGGCUUAUUGAAUCUUUAUCUGACUCUACAAUAUAUAUGGCAUAUUAUACAAUAGCUCAUUUGUUGCAGGGCGGUUCAUUAGAUGGUAGAAAACCUGGUCCUCUUAAAAUUUGGCCAGAACACAUGACACCGGAGGUGUGGGACUACAUAUUUUUAGGAAUAGGAAAUCCAGACGAUUUAGUCGGAAUGAAAAGUCAUUCUUCUCUGAGUGUACCAAUUUUGAAGAAACUUCGUCAAGAAUUUCUUUUCUGGUAUCCAGUUGAUUUAAGAGUUAGUGGAAAGGAUCUUAUCUCCAAUCAUUUAACCUACUACUUAUACAAUCACACUGCUAUAUGGCCAAAUGAACCGAAUUUAUGGCCUCGAAGUAUACGUGCCAAUGGCCAUUUGUUAUUGAACUCUAAUAAGAUGUCAAAAUCAACUGGUAAUUUUCUCACUUUAGCAGAUGCUGUGGAAAAGUACUCAGCUGAUGGUGUUCGUCUUGCAUUGGCUGAUGCUGGUGAUUCAUUAGAUGAUGCUAAUAUAAAAGAAGAAAUGGCUGAAGCUGGACUUUUACGUUUGUAUAGUCUUUUGGAUUGGUUCAAUAUGACAUUGGAAAAUUUAAAUGAUUCAACUUUACAACAAAAAUCUGAUUAUCGAUCAGGUGCUUAUACAAUGCAUGCAGAUUUUGUUUUUGAAAAUGAAAUGAAUAAUACGAUUGAAUUGGCCGAUAAAGCAUACGCUUCACAAGAAUAUAGAGAAGUACUUAAAAUUGUCUUUUAUGAACUUCAGGCACAUCGUGACCGUUAUCGUGAAGUUUGUCAAGGCAGUGUACAUACUAAUUUAAUUCGACGUUAUAUGAAUAUUCAGUUACUACUACUUAGUCCAAUUUGUUCACAUGUUUGUGAGCAUAUAUGGAUUAAUCUGUUAAGCAACAAGACAUCAAUCUUUUGUGAAAAGUGGCCUGAACUUAGUUGUCCAGUGGAUCGAAUACUUCUGUUACAAGGCCGUUACAUAGAUGAUACAGCUCAUACCUUUAGAUUACAACUUAAACAAUACCAAUCAUCAAAGGCUUUCAAGAGUAGUAAAUCUGUUGGAUCCCAUUCUGUUACUCAGUUUAUUCCACCUUCGGAUGCUGUUGUUUGGGUUGCUAAAGCUUAUCCAGCAUGGCAGGCAAAAAUUCUUGAAAUUAUGGCAGCUAAUCUUUCUGACGAUGGUAAAACGUUAGCAGAUAAUGCAACGUUAGCUCAACUUUUACGUCCUCAUCUAAAGGCUAUGGGUAAAAUGGCAAAACGUGCUAUGCCAUUUGUACAGUUAGUCCGAGAACGGUUUUUAAUUCACGGUAAACGAGUUCUUCAACUUCAGUUGGAUGUGGAUGAAUGUGAAGUAAUUAAAAAGAAUUUAUCGUAUCUUAUAUCGACUUUAGGUUUACGACAACCUGAUGGUUUAAAAACCAACUACUCAUGCGAUUCUAAUGAUAGUCGUAUUGAAGAAAGUGUUUGUCCUUUAGAGCCUCUUAUUUUGUUUUGUGAACCACCUACCUCAGCAUCCAUGACGUUUCUAAAUCCGGAUAUUGGUUCAGGUCUCUUUACACUUAAUGGUGUUACCAUUUUUGACGGCGACACAUAUACCGAUGUGGUCUCACGUGUAGUCACUCACUGUCGUUCACUUGCGUUAAACAGUAAAGACUUAAAAAAUAUAACAUUGUACCGUUUUACCGAUCCUACAUGCGGACAUUUACGCAUUCCUCCUUACCCUAUGGAAGCUCUACAAAUUGUCCAACCAACAGCUCGUUUUGUAGUCGAUGUAUCAUCCACCAUAACUCUGAAGAUUGGUAGUGAUUUUAUUCCCAUUGGCAAAAAACUUGUGUAUACAACUGCCGUAUCGUCAUGAUCAUCUUUUGCCAAAAUAAAGCUUUUUAUUUUUG